AUGUCCGGCGCAAGGCAUUGGGAACAAGAUAAAGAGGCCACUGUCUACGUCGGCAAUCUUGACGAACGGAUUACGGACAGUCUAGUAUGGGAGCUAAUGCUACAAGCUGGGCGCAUCGUCAACGUUCACCUACCCAAAGAUCGAGUGACACAAUCACACCAGGGCUAUGGGUUCGUGGAAUUUAUAAGCGAAGAAGAUGCGGAAUACGCAUCUCGGAUAAUGAACGGAAUUCGUCUAUAUGGCAAACCGAUACGGGUUAACAAAGCCUCCGCCGAUAAACAGAAAGCCGUCGAGAUCGGCGCCGAACUAUUUGUUGGAAACUUGGAUCCCAUGGUCACAGAACAGGUGAUAUUCGAUACAUUUAGCCGGUUUGGCAACUUGGUGUCGCCUCCGAAGAUUGCUCGCGACGAUAGUAACCUAUCCAAGGGCUAUGGAUUUGUAUCAUUUGCCGACUUUGAGUCUUCGGAUGCUGCUAUAGCCAAUAUGAACGGCCAGUAUCUCAUGAACAAGCAAGUUUCUGUACAAUACGCCUAUAAGAAGGACGGCAAAGGCGAACGACACGGCGACGAAGCUGAACGAAUGCUCGCUGCGCAAGCUCGCAAACAUAAUGUGCAACCGCAAAUCCAACCAAUACCACCACAAUUCGGAGGGCCAGGUGCAACGCCUAUCGUGCCAUCUGGGGCUCCAAAUGGGGAUGUCUCUCGUCCAAUCAGUGCUGUGCCGCCUGAUAUGGGUUUGAACAGAAAUGGCCCACCAAAUGUUGGCUACCAACCCUCUGCACCACAACACCGACCGGGCCCUUCCCCAAAUACGCUCGUCACGCCGCCGCCGGGUCUCCCUGCGCGCCCGCCGCCUUCGCAGGUAGGCUAUGGAGGCCCCCAGGGACUUAUGCCACCGGGAUUCAACCAGCCCGGUCAACAAGCACCUUUUCUACCUCAAGGAGCGCCGCCUCCAGGAUUUGGACCGCCAGCUAGCUUUGGAGCCCCUACGGGUCAUUCUAGCGUGCCACCACCUCUUCCACAGGGCUUCCAGCAGUCCAAUUAUGGAAGAAAUCGCUGA